CGCUGCGCCCGCCCGGCCGCCCCGGAGCCCCGCGCAGGGCCCGGGCCGCGGCGGCGGCGGCGGCGGCGGCGCCCGGCCCCCUCCCCCGGCGCCGGCCAAGUGAGGCGGUGAUGCGGGCGCUGGCGGCCCCGGCUGCGCCGAGAGCGGAGACACAGGCUCAAGAUGGCAGAUUCCGACUGAGGCUGGGGGGGCCGAGCUCGCGCGCCGCGUUCCCUUCUCCGUUGCCAUGAAUCGCGGACACCCCGGCCCCGAUGGCCCCCGUGUACGAAGGUAUGGCCUCACAUGUGCAAGUUUUCUCCCCUCACACCCUCCAAUCAAGUGCCUUCUGUAGCGUGAAGAAGCUGAAAGUAGAGCCGAGUUCCACCUGGGACAUGACCGGGUACGGCUCGCACAGCAAGGUGUAUGGCCAGAGCAAGAACGCGCCGCCUUCGCAGCCAGCCGCCGCCGCCACCGUCAGCGCCUCCCUGCCCAUCCCGAACCCAGGCCUACCUUACGAGCAGACCAUCAUCUUCCCAGGGAGCGCCGGGCACAUCGUCGUCACGUCCGCCAGCAGCACGUCUGUCACUGGGCAAGUCCUCGGUGGCCCGCACAACCUCAUGCGUCGCAGCACUGUGAGCCUUCUCGACACCUACCAAAAAUGCGGACUCAAGCGGAAGAGUGAGGAGAUUGAGAACACGAGCAGCGUGCAGAUCAUCGAAGAGCACCCACCCAUGAUUCAGAACACCGCGAGUGGGGCCACUGUCGCCACUGCCACCACCUCGACUGCCACCUCCAAAAACAGUGGCUCCAACAGCGAGGGGGACUACCAGCUGGUCCAGCAUGAGGUGCUGUGCUCCAUGACCAACACGUACGAAGUUCUGGAGUUCCUGGGCCGGGGGACGUUUGGGCAAGUGGUCAAGUGCUGGAAGCGGGGCACCAAUGAGAUCGUGGCCAUCAAGAUCCUGAAGAACCACCCAUCCUACGCCCGCCAAGGUCAGAUCGAGGUGAGCAUCCUGGCGCGCCUGAGCACGGAGAGCGCCGACGACUACAACUUCGUCCGCGCCUACGAGUGCUUCCAGCACAAGAACCACACGUGCUUGGUCUUCGAGAUGCUGGAGCAGAACCUCUAUGACUUUCUGAAGCAGAACAAGUUCAGCCCCUUGCCCCUCAAAUACAUUCGCCCGGUCCUCCAGCAGGUGGCCACGGCCCUGAUGAAACUAAAAAGCCUCGGUCUCAUCCAUGCCGACCUCAAACCGGAGAACAUCAUGCUGGUCGAUCCCUCUAGACAGCCGUACCGAGUCAAGGUCAUCGACUUUGGGUCAGCCAGUCACGUGUCCAAGGCUGUGUGCUCCACCUACUUGCAGUCCAGGUAUUACAGGGCCCCUGAGAUCAUCCUUGGUUUACCAUUUUGUGAGGCAAUUGAUAUGUGGUCCCUGGGCUGUGUCAUAGCGGAGCUGUUCCUGGGCUGGCCGCUGUAUCCAGGGGCUUCAGAGUACGAUCAGAUUCGGUAUAUUUCACAAACGCAGGGUUUGCCAGCAGAAUAUUUAUUAAGCGCAGGGACAAAGACAACUCGGUUUUUCAACCGUGACACCGACUCGCCCUAUCCUUUGUGGCGGCUGAAGACACCAGAUGACCAUGAAGCAGAGACGGGGAUUAAGUCAAAAGAAGCAAGGAAGUACAUUUUCAACUGUUUAGAUGAUAUGGCCCAGGUGAACAUGACCACAGACUUGGAAGGGAGUGACAUGUUGGUGGAAAAGGCGGACCGGCGGGAGUUCAUCGACCUGUUGAAGAAGAUGCUGACCAUAGAUGCCGACAAGAGAAUCACUCCCAUCGAGACCCUGAACCACCCCUUCGUCACCAUGACGCACUUACUCGAUUUUCCCCACAGCACACACGUCAAGUCGUGUUUCCAGAACAUGGAGAUCUGCAAGCGCCGGGUGAACAUGUAUGACACGGUGAACCAGAGCAAAACCCCUUUCAUCACGCACGUGGCCCCCAGCACCUCCACCAACCUGACCAUGACCUUCAACAACCAGCUGAACACUGUCCACAACCAGGCUCCCACCUCCACCAGUGCCACUCUUUCCUUAGCCAAUCCCGAAGUCUCCAUACUAAACUACCCAUCUGCACUCUACCAGCCCUCAGCGGCGUCCAUGGCUGCAGUGGCCCAGCGGAGCCUGCCCCUGCAGACGGGAACUGCCCAGAUCUGCGCCCGGCCUGACCCCUUCCAGCAAGCGCUCAUCGUGUGUCCGCCCGGCUUCCAAGGACUGCAGGCCUCCCCCUCUAAGCAUGCUGGCUACUCUGUGCGAAUGGAAAAUGCAGUUCCCAUCGUCACUCAAGCCCCAGGAGCUCAGCCUCUUCAGAUCCAACCCGGCCUGCUUGCCCAGGCCUGGCCAAGCGGGACCCAGCAGAUCCUGCUCCCCCCGGCGUGGCAGCAGCUGACUGGAGUGGCCACCCACACGUCGGUGCAGCACGCCGCCGUGAUUCCCGAGACCAUGGCAGGCACCCAGCAGUUGGCCGACUGGAGGAACACACACGCUCACGGCAGCCAUUACAAUCCCAUCAUGCAGCAGCCUGCCCUGCUGACCGGUCAUGUGACCCUUCCAGCAGCCCAACCCUUAAAUGUGGGCGUGGCCCACGUGAUGCGGCAGCAACCAACCAGCACCACCUCCUCCCGGAAGAGUAAGCAGCACCAGUCCUCUGCGAGAAACAUCUCCACCUGCGAGGUGUCCUCCUCUCAGGCCAUCAGCUCCCCUCAGCGGUCCAAGCGCGUCAAGGAGAACACGCCUCCGCGCUGCGCCCUGGUGCACAGCAGCCCGGCCUGCAGCUCCUCCGUCACCUGCGGCUGGGGCGACGGGGCCUCCAGCACCACCAGGGAGCGGCAGCGGCAGACGAUUGUCAUCCCCGACACCCCCAGCCCCACUGUCAGCGUCAUCACCAUCAGCAGUGACACGGACGAGGAGGAGGAGCAGAAGCACGCCCCCACCAGCACUGUCUCCAAGCAGAGAAAAAACGUCAUCAGCUGUGUCACGGUCCACGACUCUCCCUACUCCGACUCCUCCAGCAACACCAGCCCCUACUCCGUGCAGCACCGCACCGGGCACAACGCUACCACCUUUGAUACCAAGGGGAGCCUGGAGACGCACUGCACUGGGAACCCCCGGACCAUCAUUGUGCCCCCUCUGAAGACCCAGGCCAGCGAAGUGUUGGUGGAGUGUGAGAGCCUGGGGCCAGUCAACACCAGUCACCACUCGUCCUCCUACAAGUCCAAGUCCUCCAGCAACGUGACCUCCACCAGCGGUCACUCUUCAGGGAGCUCGUCGGGAGCCGUCGCCUACCGGCAGCAGCGGCCGGGGCCACACUUCCAGCAGCAGCAGCCUCUCAACCUCAGCCAGGCUCAGCAGCACAUCACCGCAGACCGCGCCGGGAGCCACCGACGGCAGCAGGCCUACGUCACUCCCACGAUGGCCCAGGCCCCAUACUCCUUCCCGCACAACAGCCCCAGCCACGGCGCUGUGCACCCGCACCUGGCCGCUGCCCACCUCCCCACCCAGCCCCACCUCUACACCUACACGGCACCCGCAGCCCUGGGCUCCACCGGCACCGUGGCCCACCUGGUGGCUUCCCAAGGCUCCGCGCGUCACACCGUGCAGCACACUGCCUACCCAGCCAGCAUCGUCCACCAGGUCCCCGUGAGCAUGGGCCCCCGGGUCCUGCCCUCGCCCACCAUCCACCCGAGUCAGUAUCCAGCCCAGUUUGCCCACCAGACCUACAUCAGCGCCUCUCCAGCCUCCACCGUCUACACUGGAUACCCACUGAGCCCCGCCAAGGUCAACCAGUACCCUUACAUCUAAACACUGGAGGGGGGAUGGCCGCAGGGGAGGAGGGAGAGGAGGAGGGACCGAGGGGGGAGCUGGUCCUUCUAUACUGAAGACGCGCACAUGAACAAUGCAAACGGGCCGGGCUGGGGAGGGGGCAGGGGGCAGGGACGGGACGCAAACGAAACUUGAACUAGGAAGUGGGAGGACUGAGCGUGGAGAAGAGAACAUUUUAAGAAGGAAGGGAUUUAAGGAGGGGGGAAAUCUAUGCUUUUUAUUUUAAAAAAGAAAAAAAAAAGAAAACGUCAGUAACAAAAAAACAAAAAAAAACAAAAAAAACACCACAGCUCACGAACCCAUUGUGCACCAAACUGGAAAGGAGAAGAAUAGAGCGACGGAAGAUUCCAGAAGUGAGGGGGGUGGCCUCAGCUUUUGAAGAACUUGAUGAACUUCUCAAAGAUUAUUUUCAUAUGGCAGCAAGUGACGCUUACGAAUUUGCUGUCAGGGACACCUGAUAUGGAAAUCCAAUAGAUUUUUAAUGAGUGAACAUAAGAAUUAGGGAUUUUUCCAGAACUCUAUAAAGGGUCAGCAGCCCUCUGGAAAGGUCCAGCCAUGGCCUGAGGAGGCAUAUUCAGAGGCUGGCCUGGGGUUGGCGGAGCCCGGUUCUGGCUCACCUGCCAGGACGGACUGGGGGGGUGGCGGCCGGGGGGAGGAGGACACCCCCCCCCCCCCAGAGAGGGUCCAGUGUUUCCAUUUCAGUCUCUUUCUGAGCAUUCUGGAUAAAUCCCUAAAGCAGUGAUAUUCCGCCAAUGUCAUUAAUAGUGUGUGUUGCAAACUCCAAGGUCGGUUUUCUUCUCCGAAGAUUUCUUUUCUCUUCCACUCCGUCCCUCGUCCCGUUAGCGCAGGGUCGAGGCCUCGGCCGAGCCCUCGGAGAUGUAGCAGCCUGCACCCGUGUGUCGUCCUUUCUGUUCACCCCCGACGAUACCAAUAGACUUUGCCUCAGUGUAAUUGCACAACAAGAACGUGAUCUGACGUGGGCGUGUGCGCACGUGGCGCGCCCUCCUGCCCCGGCCCGGCCGCCAGCUCUCGCUGUCUUGGUUUCACAUCUGUCCCUCCUAGUGCCUUACCGACCGUCGGAUGCGGCGUGAGGGUUUACUUCCGCGGUCCUCCGCGAAGCCGGCCGAGGCGAGCCCCGCCAUCUCAGCCCUUCUUCUGUGCUGUUGUACCAUUUUCCUCUGGUCUGGCCUUUCCUUCUUUUGGUUUGGUUUGGUUUGGGCUUUUUAAGUUUCUCUUUUAUCUGAACACCUGUUGUCUUUCCCCCGCUGUUUGCUAGCAGAGGGGUGUCGGGAAGCUGGCAGGGGCCAGGAGGAGCCCCGGGAUCUGGAGAGAGAGGUGGGGGGCCCUGACGGUGGUAAUGGCUUUAGAUGACCUCGGAGACGCCGCAGGAGAGACUCCCCACGCGGCACCCCUACCCCAUUCCGCCGCAGGGGCCCAGCCCUGCCAUGUGUGGGCCUAGAGGGCCCAUCUCUGUUUCAGGAACGUUGGCCUUGCCAGGCAGCUGCCUCCUUCCUCAUGCAGAAGGGGCAGAGGACAGGAGCCCGCCUUCCGCCUCCAGGCCCAGGGCUCCCUUCCCGUGGCUGCCUGCAGGGUGGUGAGGGGGCCUGGGGCCCAGCCCCACGUUCUCAGACGCACCUCUGCUUCGCUCUCUCAGCCCUGCCUGCCUCCCUCUCGCCUCUGGUUCCACCGGCUGUGCUUUGCUCUCACGGUUUUGCCAGAUCCUUCUCUCUCUGGACAACCAGGAACCGGUGUUUGCUGCUGAAUGUGUCCUCCAGUUCCCCGGGCCUGCCAAGGCCCACUUCGGCUUUUGGUUUCCGGGGGCCUGAUGAGCAAAAGGCUGGAAGGACACUUAGGAGGGUGACGGGCAGUCAGCUUUUUCCAAGGAAAUGUGCCCUUUGUCCUCUUUGCACCUUCAAUACAUUCUGGAAAUGUCAGACUUUGCACACUGGUGGGGGUGGGGUGGAGAGGGCUCUACCUACAGCAAAUUAUUCCUGAACACAUGCACAUCGGGAGGCUCCAUCUGGUCAGAGAUAGGAUGUUCAAAGUGUGGUCCUAGUGGUUUGUUUUUUUUUUUUUUUUUUGAUGCCGAGUCCUUAACUGACCCCAAAGCCAAGUUUCCAAGGUGCAAAGAGAUCACUCCGGUUUCAGUCUGCGGCCCCCACCUUCCCUCCUCCCUGUACAGGCCCCCUCAAGGAUCUACUGUGAAAGGUGUUUUGUACCACGAUGUCUGACCUAACUCAGUAACGAAACCCAGCCCUUACCUUAGCUCUUAGCUGUGAAAUAUGAAGUAACUCUGGAAAUGUCCCCUCUCCUCCCGUAAAUUCUGCUUCGCCUACACAGAAAUCGGUCCCCAGCUUGAAACCAGCUUAGGCCGGAAGGAAGGAAGGACACCACCACCCACUCGGGAGGGGCACCCCCGGGCCGAGCCCGUGGUACCCAGCGGGUGGACAAGGUGCUCCGCUCGCCUCGGGGGAGCCGGGGCUGAGACCCAUACCAGAUCAUCCAGGCGUGAGGACGUGCCAUCAUCCUGAGACAACGGGAAAGCGGCCCCUCCGAGCGAGGGGCGGGGGAGAAAAGUCUUUGAAGGAUGCGCUAGAUAGAGCCUUCCCAGAGCCAGCCCGCCGGGGGGGGCUCAUCUCUGUUCUGGACUUUGGGCAUCCAGAGGGCAGCAGUGCCCCGUCGGAUCUCCCCUUGCCCGGUGACCCGGGUACAGAAGUCUCCGCUGCCCACGAGCCAGCAUUUUUGCCUUAUUGGGUAGCAUCCUGAACCCCCCUGUGUGGUUCCCUUCCAGCCCGUUUCUAGAUCUGAUCUUUUGCCAGCAGAGACAACACAGCCUUCCCUUUUAAGAGAAUGAUUUCGUCCGCCUCAGCUGGAGAUGAUGCGCUCGCCUGAUAUCAUCUUGCCCUUUCUUCCAGAUCAGGAAUGAAAGUUCCAUGCUGCUCAUAAAGAGAAUAUGAUUUGUACGGAUUAUUUUGGUUAUUAGCAUUGUAAUGACUCGCAUAAUCAUCAUUUUGGUAUUUUAGUUGGGGUUUUAAAUGGUGUUCCAGGUAUCUUUGUGUCUUCUCUUGAAUAUUUAAGUUUAUUUUGUUCUAUCUGUGAGUAUCUGAGUAGACAGGAGGGACAUCCCGAUGUCCGGUUUUGUCAGACCAAAAAAAAGAAAAGAAAAGAAAAAACGAUCCAGGAAUUAGGAAAAGGCUCUCGAGAAAGACACACCACAAAACAAGGUUUGAAGAAGAAGCAGGGCCUUUAUCUCUUUACAGGCCAAAAGGCCACGUUGGGCUCUGGUGACACGGGCCCCAUCCACACUGUGUGCUCCUAGGUGUUCAGUGGCCUGGGAGGAGACCUGAGAAGACGGGCUCAGGGGUCCCUGGCUGAACCUUGAGCCUCGGGUCCGUCCCACGUUCCCUGCGCUUCUGCCAUCUGACAGCUAGAUCCUGGGCCUGCCUGGAAUCUGCUAUUUACCUGUCCAGCAAAAAAAGUAAAAAACAAAAACCUCUGCCCAAGCUGACCCAGCUCCUUUCCCAAAUGCUCCCCCCCACCCCCACCCCCCGUGUCCCAUCAGCACAGCCGGAGUGUGGCGUGCGGCACGCAGCCUUCAGUGCGGAGACAACUGCCCCUCCUAGGAGCCCUUGGAGGUAAUGAGCUGAUGGAAGGUGCCAGGCAGGUGGUACCUUCCCCUGGGAAAGAGCCUCCCCUCCCCACCUCCACCACUCUGCCUCCUCCUUCAGGCCCCCUUCCCCACCCUGACCCCAGUCCAUCUUCUCAGCACAUGAUUCCAGGGACAAACUAUGGAGCCAAAAAAAAAAAAAAAAUUGGUGGAGGGAUAGUAGGAGGCUAGAGAAACACUGACCCAAGUCCAGCAGCUCCUUGGACACUCCGGCUGCUGCUCCCCCAAAAUUGAUGGCCCACAUGCUGCUCCCCAAACCUAGAAACUACGGGGCCUGAGAUGAAGGAAGGUUUGGAAUGACUGGCUUCCCUGGAGUUAAUGAAGGGGACCUCAGGCAGUGGCCAGCCCACAUCAGCGCCCUCCCCAAGCACCCCUAUCCCUAACCCCUCCUCAGCCUAAGCCCCGGAGCUGAGGGGUCAGAAGCCCUAGGGAAAGACCCCAGUGGGAGAAGCCAGCCUCUGCGUAUGCUCUCACCCCAUCCUCUGAGUCGCCCUGGCAAGAAGGAUGGAUAAAAGGCUGCCCGCCCCUAGGACCCAGCUCUCAAGUAGAGGGAUGCCAGUGGAGUCCUUGUAGGACCACAGAUAACCUAGAAGGCCACCUGCUCUGGAGUUAGCUCCGUCUUUCUUUACUGAAGAAACGUGGCUGAGGCUAAGAGGGAAGAAAGGAAGGUCCAGGAGCGUCGCAAGUGGAGCCUCAGAAACCACAGGUGGAUUGGCUUCUGCUCCGUGGGGUCUUGUGGACCCAUCUGGGUCUUUGCGGCCGUCUAGGUGACGUUUGGUGAUGUUUUGGCCAUUUCUAAGGGAAAGGGUGAGCCAGCUGAUGGGUGGGAGGGUCUGAGGCUUGAUGCCAGUGAAUACUGUCAAGUGGAGCAUGUGGUUUGUGGGGUUCAGAGGGAAGGAAGGGUGAGGCCGAACGGACGGUUGUCUCCUGGACUGGAUUUGCGUUCUGGCCUUACUGGCGGUGGGUGGCCGGCAGGCUGUGGCGGCCAGCUGGCCUUGUCCUCCUCACCCUGGCAGGCUCAACCCGCCCAAACACCAGAUUGUUGGAUGGAAGGAAGGGAAGGUGAGAUGAGCCCAGCCGCUGACAGGCGGAUUUUCCCGUGACCAGAGCUUUGGAAUUGCAGACACUCAUUUUUGAACAAGCUUGUGCUGGAGGAUUUGGGUUGUGCGAGUGCGUGUGUGUGAGGGGAGCAGACUUUCUUGGAAACUGAAGGAAGGAGAUGAGGAGGCUUAAGGAACUAUUGCUGAUGGGCUGUGGUUGAUGAAACGAGGGGCAUCGACCGGCUGGCCCGGGCUUUCAGCCUGGGGUCUCUGGUGCUGGGGGCAGGAUGGGAUGCGGGGAGGGCUCUUGCUGGCCUGAUGAGUAGCUGCUGGGACAGAACGCAGGGAGAAGAGGGAAACUAGGUGUCCUGGGGCAGCCGAGAGGCACUUGUAACCGCCAGCCCAAGCGACGCUGCCAUGAGCAUUCUGGCCCCUGGCCCUGUACGCGCUUCUCUCCCGGGCUCUGUCUUCUCUUUCCGGUGUGUCUUAGAGAUUUCAGGUGGGGGAGCCUCAGCAUGGAGCAGGCCAGAGCUGUCCUUACCAAAUUGGAAAGGAAAGUGCAAGUGUUCCUUUCUUUAGCCAAAGAACCCUUCUAGGAGACACCCCCACAUGCGGACAGAACGGCUUCCUUUCUGGGCAAUAAUGACUUCAUCAUUGAGUGAUGCCAUCCCAUUUGUCUUUCUCUUUCCCCUCUCUCCUGACUUGGCUUUUCGUUUUGUCUGGAGUUUUUGUUGUUGUUGCUUUCUUUUCUUUCAAAACUGAGCUCAUCUUGUGAGAGGAGUCGAGGUCAGUCGCCCUAAAUACUGCUGCUCUUGAGAAGCACAGCACGGAUCUGGGGGCUUAGCUCAUCUCAUGUUUCCCAGGGGAGUCAGACCUUCUGCCCAGAGGUGCUUUGGGGUUCACUUGCACACCGGCGCCAGGCUUGGGGUGUGGGUACAUUUCCGCUUUGAUGCCUUAGACUCACUUCUGGUCUCUGGACUCAGCCGAGAACUGGAGAUGGCGAAAUGACAUGUAAAUGCAAUCGAGACCUCUCAAAGGCCUUUGGUGCCCUCGCUCCCUGGAGUGAGCCAUCCUAGGAGAGGCCUCUCCCAUCGUUCUUGCAGCUUCCAGGAGUCCGAGAGGGCCAGCUCCAAACCAGUUCCUCCCACAAGACUCAGUGCGCGCUUACAGAGCAGUGACCCUCCCGAGGGGCGCCCUUGCUCCGGGUACCUGAACCAGAAAGGAGCUUCGUGAUGCCCCAGCCUGACUCCCCCACGCCUCUGAGAUACCCCCGCCCCCAGACUCAGAGCCCUCGCCUCAGAGCCUUCUGCUGACGAUCUCUUUGUUAAAACUUGCGGUGUCCCUCGAGUCCUAGCCAAAGUUUGUUCAGUGCUUUCAGCAGGUCAGGCUCAUACCUGGCCCUCUAUGAGUCAAGGAACCCACAGGCACCCCAUUUGCAGCACCCCCCUUUACAGUUGAUGAGCAAGUUGACUGACCCUCUAAGAAAGUAGCCUGUGUUCAAGGAAAGAAAAUACAGCAGUGAUCCGAAAUCCCCAAGUUCUAGUGAAAUUUUUUGUUAAUCAGACCCUUUCCUGAAAUAGGAUUUUGUUUCACUUAUUUAAUCAUGCUCCCACUUCCAAUGUGCCAAACGUGUUUAUCCUGUUUUCACUCCGUCUUUGUAAUAAGCCCUGUGAAAUCGGCAGUACUAGUCCCUUUACAGGUGAGGCGCCUGGCUCCACAAGCUGGUAACCCAGGUCACACAGCUAGUAGGGGAGCCGGGCCUUGAACCCGGGUCUGCUCAGCUCCAGAACCGAGCUCGCAGACGCCAGCCUCGGCUGUCUCCUUGGCUGUUUGUGCGAAGAAAAGCCUCGAAGGAACGUCCCCCUGCACCACCCCUGCCCCGUGUGUGGAACCCAGCAGAAGGUCUGUGUGAAGGGGGCGUUUGCAUCAGAUCCAAGCAGCAGGGGCAGGAUUAGUUUGACUUUUAGAGAAAACUCUUAAGCGUGUUUCUUUUGGUUCACAGCAGAGUUCAUUGGCUCUUCCUUUCCAGUGUACCAGCUAGCUUUCAUAGUGCUGCUACAACUAACUCUUGUAAGAGUGAGGGAAAAAAGUGUUCUUUUCUUCUUUAAAAAAAAUAAUUUUUUUCUUGCUUGUAGUUAAUUCUAUAAAGGCAAUACUAAAGGUAUAUAUUUUUUUCAAAAUGCUAUUUUUUACUGCACUGAGAAAUAUCAUGACACUUCUGGUCUCUGUCAUCAUCUACUCUUUCGGCUCUGGGUAGACCCAGGUGCAGGAUUCACACCAAAUUUGUAAAUAUUGUGUGUGGGUCUGGUGUCCAGGAACUGUUUUCUUUGUGUAAAAAACAAAAACAAAAACAAAAAAAGGAGGAGAAAGACAAGAUGACUUUUAGAAAGAGGAACAAAAUAAGGUUGUCUUUUGAGAUAACCUCAGACGGAAGGCAGCGGUUUUGUAAACUGAGAAAAACUAGGCAACUUUCAGGAUAUCAGGAAGGAGAGUGUCUUGCCAAGUUUUGAGGUUACUAGUAAUACAGGAGCAUUUUUAUGUUGGUUGAAAGGUGGCAAGAAUUUAGAAAUACUUUAGAUUUUUAAUUUUUUAGGAAACUAUUCUUGCUUUAAGAAACAUCUCAGUUGUUUUCGGGUGGGUUUUUUGUUUUCCUUUUAAUUUCAGAAACUUCUUUAUUGACUGGCUCCAGGCUUGUUUGCCUAAAUGCUUAGGUAGUUUACACAAGUUCUAGAACCUUCUAGAACUUUAAUUCCAUUGGAAGCAAAGCCAACUAAUCAGAAUUGGUUGGUUUCAAUAGGUAUUCUGGAAUUCUGACAGAGCACCUAAAGAUCUUUCUAAAGAAGGUUUUAGAUACAUUAUCUUACACAAACUGUGACCUGAUGGCAAUAAUUACCUCAAAUGUGGGCAUUCAUCCUGGUUUUAGGCUUUUUUGAAAUCAUGUAGCCAGCUUGAUCUUGGGGUUUAAAGGACUUAGGACCUCUGCGUGGGCUGAAAAUAACGAUUCACUCAUACGCUGGUCAUCAUCGUUGCUUAAGUGAAUUCUGAAAAGAGCUCAUCUCUACCACAAAAAUUAAACCAAGGAAGAGAUUAUUCUCUGUCUUGUAAUCAAAUGUGAUUUUCAAAAGCACAUGUUAAGGAUAUAUGUUUUUAGCUGCUGUCAAAUGCUCUGAGCCUUCUAAGAUCUCCAGAGAGUCACAUUUUCAGUAAUUGACUGUGGAUACUUCAGCAUCUUUCUGGCUACAUUUUAUAGUUCACGUGUUUCAUAGUUUACACUUAAACUGGUACUUUUUAAAGAAAGUUUUUGUUUUUAACUGACAUCUUCAAACCCCAGCCGUUGCGUCUCUAAUCGGAGGCCACGUUCCCCCCAAGGCAGGUGCGAUCUGCCCAUAUGCUGUGUGAGUCCACCGAGAGCAUCCGCCUCCAGAUGGGUUUCCAUGCAAACAAGAGCAGAUGUGAAGGGAUUUCCGGGGGGGGGGGGGGGCAGGAAGGGGUGGGUCCACAGCCUGGGCCAGAUGCGAAGAGCUCAUGAUGCUGUGUUGUAUCCAUACGGGUCGUCAGGGCCUUCUCUUGGACAUCUUGGAAGAGACAGAGAGGAUAGAUACCCGGUUCGUUGAUUUCGUCUUGAUUUGAAUGUUUAAUUUAUUAAUCGAUCUACUGGCUUCCAGUCACCAGGCAGUAGAGGACACUGGGGUUCAGGUGGCCCCAAAGGUACAGCUGCUAUUUCCAGGCCCCCAGCCGCAUGCAGAUUGGUGAUGUGCAGGGGAGAGUCGUGCCCCACCCCCGUGCCGAUAUUCACUGGUUGGGUUUUCCGUAUGUCUGCUGUCACUCCUUUCUCCUUCAAAAUAAGCGUCAAAGGAUGUGUCUACUUUUUUUUUUUUUUUUUUCACUCUUCGUUUUGAAGCCUGGGUCAUUAGGAGAUGGGGGCCUAGAUUUUUUUCCUAGAGGUUGUAAGUGCUGCUGAGCAGGAGGAGGGGGUGGCUGUGGGGGGAGGGGCAGUGAGAGACCGCCCCCCAGGUAGAGGUCAUGGUUGAGAGUGGACCCCUCCUUAUGCAGGAAGGUACCAGUUUCCCUAAGAGUUUUGGUUCAUUUCUUCUUUUCUCUUGUGCCCCAGCCUUAGCACAGAGGACCUGCUGUGAUCUGAGUCACAUUCCUUUAGCAGAUGACACCCUGAAAACUGCAAAACCCUCCCGGGACCAGGGAACUGGUUUUUGUUUGUAAUGCAUUUGCUCUUCCCUUGGGAACUCUGUCGAUAGUAUGUUCUUAAUACAGUUUUUGGUUAGAAACGUCAUUGUAAAAUAUUUUUCAUCUUGCCACUCUGAAUUGUACUCCUGCUUUCCUCUGUGUGGUUUUUCUUUUUUCCUUUGCUUUGAUUAACCAAAUGAAUUUUAUGUCAUUGUCUUUGGGCUGUAAAUUAUAUUUUUAAAAAAUGGAAGUACAGAAAUGGGCUUUUUUUUUUUUAAAGUAAAUAUGCUGUAUCUGAAAAAGGGCUCUUCCUUCACUCGUAGUUUGCUUCCAGCCAGCCUCCACACGAGCCUCCUGGCACUCCCUCCCCCUUCUUGUUUUGGGUCUUGUCCCCGUGGCCACCUUGGCCUCUCCCCUGCUGUCGCCCCAGCCCCACACCCAGGCACCCAGGACUCCCAGGAAGCUCUCAUGAGCCAGGAAGAAGGACCCACUUAGCCUUGUGAGUGGUGGUCUUGCCUCCCUGUCAGAUAUUCACCUGCUUGGUUGAAGGGGCAAUAGAUUUUUUUUUUAGUAUUAUUGUUGUUGUUGUUGUUGUUGUUAUUAUUAUUAUUAUUUUAAUAGUUUGGCUCAGGUUAUAAGGAAGAACUUGGGAAAUGGAAAGUGACUUGACCAUGCCCAUCCUUCGUAGCUUUCUGUGACUUCUGAAUGGCACCUAAUGUGUCCCCCCCGCACACACUCCCUCCUCCCUUCCUGCAGGUACUCUUGUUGGCUGCCUCCACCCACUCUCGCUCCCUCUCACUUCUCACCCCAUUCACUGUUGUGUUCCUGCUCAUUUAAAGCUUUCUCCCGUGGCUUUUCCAGGGCACAAUCAUUUCUGGCCCCCAAAGCAUCUCCUCAUCCUCUCUGUGUGCAUUUUUUUAACCAAAUGAAGUAGACCAGGAAGUCAUACUCUGGGGCAGCGGAAGUUCUAGUGUAGUAGAAUCACUGUAUAGAUGUAGAUGUUGAUAUAUAUGUUUGUGUAUAUAUAUAUCAAGCCAAAUUUCUGAUAGGAAAAGUAUAGCUUUACAGAUGAGGAGGAAGAGGCGAUUUGAAAAGCCUGAGUCAGUGUUGGUUGGCAUAUUAGAGGAGCCCUGGACCACAGCCCAGGCUGCAUCUUCGCACGUGGGCCCAAGGCAGGGCGCCCGGCCCCCCCACCACCACCUUGCCACUGCGGAGGCAAGAGGUCCUGCAGGGUGCCACUGCUCUCUCUGGGUCCCCAGCGACAAGGGCAUAGACGAGUGAGGGGAGGCAACACAUCAGGAUGACUGGAAUUUUCCAUCCCGUUUUGCUUCGACCGUGGGUAUUGAGCGGCAGCCUCUGAUAUUCUAUCCCGUUUCCAAAAAUGGUAUCCAUUAGGCCGGAAAGAGAACGGAUCCGUAGAAAUGUUGACCUUGCAGCUGCCCACGAAUUCAGGACACUCUGGACAGGAAGACACACUCCCCAGAACGAGAGCAGGGAAGAGGGGACCGGGCGAGGCUCGGUCCCCGGUCCAAGGAACGUAGCUCCUCCCCAGGGUCGUCUCGCCCAGACCUUCUCUACCAGGUCCCUCCGCUCAGUUACCCUCGGGAAGCCCUGCUCUGUUGUGUUCCUUCACUGUACGGUUUCUGUAAUAAAAAGUGUUAAUCCAUGUUAAUCCUUGUGAAAACUAUUGCGUGCAACAGUAUUUUCUCGUGUACCUCUUUUUCCUAUGUGAAUUGUCCCUCUUUUCUUUUUUUAUUUAUAAAUGUCUACUUUUUUUAAAAGACAAACCAAUGUGUUGUAGGCCUAUAUGUAACCUAUUCCUUAGUCUCAUAUUAUAGGUAUGUUAUAAGAAUGGAUAUUUUACUUGGCUUUAGAAUGUUUUACAAGAAAAAUAAUUCUUAUCUGAUCAAGUCCUUGCUACUAAAAUGCUUGUGUUUUUCAUCAUGACGUCGUGUGCUUCUAAAUUAAUGAUCAUUUUCGUUGUAGAAAAAUGGAGUGAAUUUAUAUUAGUCUUGGAAACUAAUAAUAGCAUUGUAAAUUUAUGAGAUGAUUUUAACAGAAAAAAAAUUAUAGAAGAAUAUAGUUAUUUUAAUUGUAAUAUUACUAACUGUAGGGUGAGAAAGGGGGGUCCCGUCGUGUGAACUAUGUUAUAGCUUGUUACUCACAGUUUCUUUUUGAUCAUUUUUUCGGUCUCUGAGGUGAAACGAGUUAUUAAUUAAAAUUCGUAAACUCACAUAUGCAUAUUGUAUAUGUGUAGAAAUGUAAUCACACUCUGUCUUGGAAUUACAUUAAACUGUUUGGAAUCACUGUA